AAAUUAUUAUUAUUAUUAUUAUUGAAAUCGGAUGUGUGAACUGUCAGCUGGUUGUGGUGACGAAGGUGCUGUCAACAUUGGUAUCCACACGCUGUGUUUUACGGAUAUCAUUAGUUUUCCGUUAUUUGUGGCCCAGGUUGUAUCUUAUCUCAACUGGUAAACGAUUCAAGAAUAUGUAAUGCGUAACAGGAUUAACUAUUCCAGUACGCUGGCAAUUCCAAAAUUAUUUGAACCGUACUUGAAAGGGCAUUGGAAUGAAACGUCCCUUCCAUAACUUGCCCUUUCCGGCCUGCCAAAUUUUUGCUAGAAUGUGUUAUGUUAGAAUUGCCAUGCCGCUAUCUGGUCGUGAUGCCGUAGUACUUUGUGUGUUGGUGUGCUGUGUGCCAGUGCAGUACUGGCUGACACAGCGCUCAUCUAUUACUCCAGACCAGCGGGCAAUCGAGAUGUACAGGCUGGUUAAGCAGGCCCACACCCUGUCACAAAAAUGGCUCACAUCAUCAUCAUGGAGGGAGUGGCUUAUUGGUGUUCAACAAAAAUAUAUGGUUAACGAUUAUAGCCAUUGGUAUAACUUGGAUGAUGAUGAUCCACUUGGGGAGUGUCCUGCUGUUGAAGUAUGGAACUAUCGUAAUCCUGAUGGUGCUUUUGGUAUGUCUCCAAAACCACGCAACAUUCGCCCACAGGGAUUGAAGUGGCGCAUUGGCCAAGUUGUAAAACAUAACCUCUGGGGCUAUAAGGCUGUGAUUAUUGGCUGGGAUCCUAAGUCUAAGGCACCAGAGGAGUGGAUAAGCAAAAUGCAUCAAGAUAACAAACACUGGAAAGAGCAGCCCAAUUAUGCUCUGCUAGUCGACACCGGAGAUCGUGAGGCAGCACAAAUUACGUAUGUUCCCCAGGAGAAUAUAUCUCCAAUUCUAAAUCACGAGGUAAAACAUCCAGACCUGAACCAGUACUUUGAUUUCUACGACGGUGCUCAAUAUAUUCCAGGCCCGUGGUUGCGAGCUAUUUAUCCCAGAGACUGAUUCUAGCAAAGGAAGUUGGUAGCAAAAAUGAUUCCAUUAAGUUAACGAAGUUCACAUUGUGUUUAUAAAUUUGUAAAUUGGAUUAACCUCUGGAGUAAGAGGAAUUUGACACAUCAAAUAAACUAUAGAAAAAAUAAGACUAUAUUUUGAUUAAUAAUAAUCAUAUUACUUUGAACAUUCCCUAUUACUUCAUUCAUUGUUUUACUGUGAUACUGAUUUAUUGGGAGUUUAGAUGUAAUCUCACUUAUGUUAUUGGUAAAAUGAUAUAUUAGUACAUAUUUUGUUUAAUGGAUAACAUCUCAUUUACUUCUACCAAAACAUUGAGUUCAUUGUCUGAUAAGUGUGGAGAGACUCAGGUAACUCAUCUUGGGCUGCAGAUAGGUGCACAAAUUCAAUUCCCGUUUAACUGCAUAGGUAGGUAUUGUACUGACAAUUGAAUCAAUUGUGGAUAGGUAGGUAAAUUGUACAGAUGAAGCCAUUAUUUUGGCAGCUGAAUAUUGACUUAGCCACUCAGCUAACUUUAUUACUGCUUGCAGUAUACAUUCACACAGGUCACUUUACUUGUCAUUUCAUCCAUUAAUCUUGUAUACAGCAGGAUGAAGAUAAAUGAUCUGACAAUUUGUGUUUGAUCACUGGCAAUGAACCAAUUGCAUGCCACAGUUGAUGAUGUAUGCCAUCACUCUUUCAUUAAGAUUAAACACUAUUGGACCUGGCUGGUAACUGGAUAGGUGACUGUACAAAGAGCCUCGCUCUAGGAUGGUGGGGAACUACUAUAACAAUGGUAUACCAUACCAUUCAAAGUUUUUUUUAUUUGCACCUUGAUGACAUGUGAUAUAAGAUACAAAGAUCCUUCCAUAAUGACUUGUAAACCUUCCAUAUCAGUGCAUUGAAAAUAUUAGACAAAUUAUAUUAAUCGAAACUGCAAGACAAAAUCUCAAGCUAUAUUUUCUGGGGGAACUGGGGCUCCUCCAGAAAAAGGUGUUUCAUUACAGUCAGCACUUAGUUUUUAGUUUAUGUCUAAGAUAUUACAUAUAUUUUGAAAAGUAUAAUUUAGUCUAAUGAUGUUACAUACAUUCUUGAGGAAGGUGCAGUCUUACAUUUCUCUUGUGUGUGAUAGAAUAUUGGAAGUUAAGUAUCUCUAGGAUCCUUUAAAAUGAAAUGUGACGAAUUUUAUAAUAUGGCAGAAGCACAAGGUUUCAACUCUGUAGAUAUAAAAAAAAAAAGAAUGUACAAAUAUAUUUUAACCAUAUCUUGUCAUUCUUUAAAUAGCACCUUCAAGAUUCGUAAAGAAAUGUGUUGAGUAUUAUUUACCUGUGAUUAAAUAUUGUUUAAAUACAGUCGUGCACCUCUAAUAUUUUCAUAAGAUAUGGUAGGUAUAUGGCAGAUUUUUCUGCUUACAUAAUGCCAAAGGCCAUUCAUAAUGGCCUACCAUGUGGCAUACCAUAAUGCUAUUCCUUUGGUUAUGGUUUUCAGUGUGUUAAAUGAUAUGAGAGAGUAGCUGUGCUUAAUUUGAUAAAAAUAUUUGGUACAGUUUUUAUUAUUAUUAAUACACUCUUAAUAAGUUUUAAUGAAGAGAUUCCAUGAUUGUCAUUUUGAGAAAAAACUCUUGAAAAUAUUCUGGAUUAAUAUCAUGGUGAAUUUCUGCAUUGUAUGAGACAGUAGUAGAAUCAUUCAACUCGGAAGUGCUGGCUGUAAAUAUUUUGUGAGAACAGUUUUCACUGAGUAAAUGUGUAAUUUUGUUGUGUUGGAUUGAAAAUUUUUGUCUAUUUUCUUGCUAAUGGUCCUUAUGUUACCUACAUUCAUUUCGUUUUAUUUUAUGAUGUAACUUAAUAUCCAGUUCAGUAUCCGAUUUAAUAUAUUUGUGGGAUCCUUUAUCUUAAUAUUCUGACUUUAUUUACUUUUGCUUACUUUAUUUAAUUAUUUCCUUUCAUAUAUACACACUGAAUGAGCCCUCACUUAUUUUGUUCAUAAAGUUGUUCACUUUAACAUUGCUUUCAGAUCUUUGAGCAUUGAAAAGAAUCACAAUAACCAAUGAAUAAUGGUAUGCAGAACAUAUUUUUUUGUAUCGAUGAACUUACUGUAAAUAUGAAAGAAUAUGUAAAGCAUUUAAAUGACUUGUGUUACAGGUACUAGUAUCUACAGUCACUAAAUAUGUUUUAUUUAAAAAAAGUAUACUUGAUGAUUGUACUACAAUUGUUGUCUACCAGUUGUUUGAGGCCUGGUCGAUGACCGGGCCGCGGGGACGCUAAGCCCCGGAAGCACCUCAAGGUAACCUCAAGGUACCAUGAUAUUUAUCUUGUAUAUGGGUGUUGUCCAGAGCUAGUAUAUUUGUUUAGGAUAUGUAAUUAUGAUCAUAUUUAGAGUAUAGGGUUCAAAUUAAUGCACUGUGAUAUGAGAAAGUUUGCUUGGCAAGUUUCUGCUAGAUUUUAAUUGACUUGGAGAAUUUAUCUUGUUUAGGUUAAUAUUUAAAUGUUGUGUAUAUUUUAUUAUAUUUAUAAGCUAAAUAUUUUUUGGAAAAUGUUCUUGUUCCUCUUUUUUUGCAACAUAAAUCAUAGAAGUGCUAGUAUCAUGUUUGGGUUUGUAAAAACAAUUUCUUAUUUGUUUGUCAUUGGUUCUGCAUUUGUUGGGUAUAUAUUUACAAUUAGUAAAUAAUUUUAAUAAAUCUAAUGACUUGAA